AUGCCUCUCCCUGAAGUUAUGUUUUGUCCUCAGCAAAUUGAUAUUCCACCAGAACUUCCAGACAUCUUAAAGCAAUUCACAAAGGCUGCCAUUAGGACACAACCUCAUGAUGUCCUCCAGUGGUCUGCUGCGUAUUUUGAUAGCUUAUCAAGGGGUGAGUCUCUGCCAGUGAAGGAACGAGUUGAAAUGCCAGUAGCAAAUACAAAGACUACAACAGGAUUAACUCCAGGACUUCUGAAAGUGUUGCAUAAACAACUGUCCUUGAAGAUAAUUGUAAAUGAAGAUGAACUGGAACAAAAGUGGAAAGAUCUUUGCUUACCCCAAGCUCAACUGCAAAGUAUUUUGGAACUGGAUAAUUUUGGGAGAGAAGUGGAAUGGCUAAAGUUUUUGGCUCUUGCCUGUAGCACUCUCGGUGGGACAAUUUCCAUUGCACUGAAACAUGCCUGUGAAAUACUAACAGAAGACCCAGAAGGUGGUGCUGCUCGUAUUCCUUUUGAGACAUUCACAUUCCUUUAUAAGUAUCUUGCUCAGGUUGAUAGAGACAUACCAGAUACACAGAUCGAGGAGGCAAUUCUUGCUCUGCAGACUGAAGCGAAAAAGCAAGAUGGAAUGAUCCAGCCCAGAAACUUUUUAAGUGCCCUUUGUCCUCCUCUGUCUUAA